AUUUUUUAAAGUUUCAUGACUAUUUAUUGUGAAUUUAAAAUUAUGAAAUGAAUCUCAAUAUUCAUAAAAAUAAAUUAUAUCUAUCUAAUUCUAUACUAACAUUUUUUUUUAUUAUUUUAAAUUAUUCGUAAUGUAGUGAAACAGUGAAGUGUUUCACUAUUUUUAUUUUACUAUAAAAAUGAUAGUUCAGAUCGCAUUAAACAUUCUGUUUGUUUUUAUUACUGCAUAAAUUAUGGAGGAAAAUAAAUCAGUUAUAGACUUAUUACAAUCUUUGGAUUUAGAAUUAUCGGAGAUAAAUGAUACUGAAUUCAAUAUUCCGCAAUUAAAAGAUAUUCCAUCAGUUGAAAGCAUUUUAAAUUAUGAGGACAUAUCUAUAAUAAGUGAAGAGGAUUUAAUAUUAUAUCAAAACAAAUUAAAAACAUCAUGGUACGAUUCUGGAAAUGAUUCUGUAUCUUUGGGUAGUUUGAAUAGUAGUAACGUAUACUUAGAAAACUCUGUUAAAUAUAUCAGCUCAAAAUCUGAUCCUGACAGAAUUUUACGUCAUAUGGUUCUUAAACCAUUAUCUAGUCAAGUCCUAUCUUUUUGUGAUCGUUUUAAAGCUGGAAAACCUAGCGCAAUUAAGCUAUCAUCUCCUUUAAUGGUUAUUGGUACUACUAAUGGUUUUAUAAUAUUAUUUGAUACUUCUCAAACAUUUUUAUGGUAUAAUCAAGAAACUGAAAAUAGUGCAGUGUCUGCUUUAGAUUUUAAUCAUGAUUGCAGUCGACUACUAGUUGGAUAUGUAAAUGGAAAUGUUAUAAUGUUUGAUUCAUCUUCACCUUCUUGUAAAAUUUUACGAAAUAUGUUAAAUGUGCAUACACCAAAUACAGCAGUAUUACACUUAAAAUUUACAGAUUUACCCAAUUUGGCAGUUUUAAGCAAUAGUGCUGGUUCUGUUUUUGAACUUAAUUUUAAAAGAAAUUUUGGUAUAAGAAGUGUAGAUUCUAAAUGCUUAUUUUCUGGUGGUCGUGGAAGAGUAUAUUGUAUUGAACCAUUACUAUUUAAUCAGUUAACAAAUCAUCCUAUGAAUGGUUAUAUAAUUAUAGCUAUGGCCACUUUUUCUAAAAUUAUAAUAGUCACAAUUAGGCCAAACACUGAAUUAUUGUUAUCACAAAACAUUUCUUCAUCACGGGAUUGUUUACCUCUUUUGUCUUGGCAAUUUGUUGUUGUACAAUAUAAUAAAACAUCCAGUUCCAGUCAUAGAAUUAUGGAUCCAGUACUAGCAUUUACACGAGAUGAUAAAAUUUACUUUUAUCAGAUAAGUAUGAAUGAACAAAAUCAACUCUUUUGCUGUCAAUUACAAAAUUUUACCUUACCGUAUACAAUAUUAGCCUGUUGUUGGAUGAAUGCCCGUACUUUAUUAACUAUAGAUUCAACUGAAAAUGUUCAUCUAAUUGAUGUUCGUGUUGGUAAUGAAAUGGAACAGUUAAAUAUUUCUAUUAUUGGCAUAAUAUAUACCUCAAGUUACUUUAUAGAUAGUGAUAUAAAUUUUAUGGAUAAAUGCUGUUAUAGUUCUGUUCAUGGAAUAUGUGGUCAAUUAAUAUUAUUGGGAAAUAAAGGUAUUCAUACAUUAAGUAUUAGAAGUUGGAUUGAGCGUUUAGAUUGUCUUAUUGAUAAGAAAUUAUAUAGUGAUGCACUACAAUUAGGAGUUGAUUUUUUAGAAGAAAGAGGUAAAGCAGUUCUUGGUCUAAGAGGUACUAGACUACACAGGCAUAGAAUUGUGAAAGAAAAGGUCAUUGAUAUACUAAUGUCUUACAUAGAUUCAAUAGUAGAUAUAAAUAAUCCUAAUAAAUAUAAAGAAGGCAUACCUAUUAUAGCUGAUAUCUGUGUUCACCUUCAAAAAACACACUUAUUAUUUGGACGUCUUUGGGAUGGGGCUGAAAAAAUUAAAUCUGUCUCUGACAUAUUUUUAGAAUGUUUGAAAAAUUAUCUAUUUGAAGGUCAAUUUGAUGAAGUUCCAACUAAUGUACUACAAAGACUUUUUGAGUAUCUUGUAGAAACAAAUCAAUUAGAUGAAUUAGAAAAAUGUAUACUUAAUAUAAAAGUGGAAUGCUUAGAUAUAGACCAGUCUUUAAGUUUAGUAAGAAAAUUUUCACUUUAUGAUGCUUUAAUCAGCAUCUGGACAAGAGCAUUAGAAGAUUAUGUUGCACCACUUCAAGAAUUAGUUCCUCAAAUUGAAUUUUCAGAUUCUACUAUAGAAUUGGGAAAUAAAAUUUUAGUUUAUUUGAGCUGUUGCCUAUUAGGUAUUGCCUAUCCAAAUAGAGGAGAUAUUCCAUCACAUUUACAAGAUACUGUUCGAAAUAAUAUAGUACAAUUUAUUUGUGCUCAACAUAGCAUUAAAGCUAGUGAUAAUGAAGAUAUUUAUCCAUACUUAAGAACUCUUUUAAAAUUUAAUACAAUUGAGUUUUUGAAUGUGCUUUCAAUGGCAUUUUCUGAUCAACGAUUUACAAGUCAAUUAAAACAUCGUAUUUGCUGCAUAUUAUUAUCACUUAUUUCUAACAACAAUAACUUAAAAUCUAAUCAGUUAGGUUUAGUCUAUGCUUUUGUUACAAAAUGGCAGCAAGAAGAAGGGAGCUUUAUUCAACCAAAUAAGUUGAUAUUGGAAAAAAUCACAAGUUCAUUGUUAUCGUUAGAUCAAACUACACCAAUUGAAGAAAGAGAAUUAGCAUUUAUUCAAUUAAUGCGCUCAGGCGCAUUUAUUGAUGAUUCAAAUUUAUUGAAAAUUGGAGAGCAAGCAAAAUUUUUUAGUGUCUGUAGGGAAAUUUGUUCUGAGUGUGGUGAUAACAAAGAAGUAUUUAGGUAUUAUAUAUUAGAUAAUGCCAAAAAACAUCAAGUUUUCACUUUUAUAAGUUCCAAACCAGACCAGUUUGAACAAUUAGUAUUGGAUAACCUAAAAGAGCUAAUGGACAUUGAUGCGGUCAAAUGUGGAAUAAUUUUUGGAUCUUUAUAUCCACAUUUGGUAUUUUCUGCAUCAUGUAAAAUAAAUUCAGAUAAUCAAAGAUAUAUUUUUUUAAAAAGUGCUAUGCCAUAUCACAAUGCUGAUGUUUCAACAAGUACUAAUUACUUAGAGCUAUUGUGCGUUUAUGAACCUAUGGCUGUCUUAAAUUUUAUUAAAACCAAUAAUUCUUUGCAUUUAACAAGGGCCUUAACGGCAACCAAAAAAGCUGGAUUAGAUAAUUCUACUGCACUAUUAUUAGAAAGACUUGGAGACUUUCAAGGAGCAUUUGAUUUACUUUUUAAAAAACUUCAGGCAGCUAUUGAAAAAGAAAAUGCUGUUGAAGAAUGUACCGAAGUUUUAGUAGCAUUGACACAGAGAGGUUCAGCUGUUCUAGACCCUAAAGCAACAUGGUUACCAAUACUCCAGUGUCUUCUGAGUCUACAGUCACAUGAUCAUUUACGAAAAGUAUUAAGUAAUUGUGAUCUUAAUUUAACUACAGAAAUGCACCUACUUUUGAAUUCCUCAUCUGGUAAAUUAGAAAACUUUAGACAAUUAAUAAUGGGAUUGAUUGAAAAAUGUAAUUAUGAAUUACAAAUGUUACAAUCAACAAAAACUAUACUUCACACUGAUCUACACGAAAAACUAGUUAAUGCUAUCAAUAUUACCAAUAAAGGUGUAGCCAACCCCGUUCUAUGUUCUAUGUGCAAACAAAAAAUCAUAAUGAAUUCUGUUGCUGUAUUCAGGUGUGGACAUGGAUUUCAUUUGGAUUGUUUAGGUUCUCAAACUAAUUGUCUGCUGUGUAUAACGAAUGAUCUUUAGUUUAUAUAAUCUAUUAUAUUAUUUAUUUACUUGUUUUUAUUUGUAUUGUUACUAUAUUAUAGUUAAUUUAAAAUUAUAAAAAUGUUGAUACUUUUAUAAUAUUUUAUCCUAUUAUAAAAUAUAUUUAUAAACUAAAUCAA